GCAACGUACUCAAGCCACAGAGAGAGGAGGAGAAUAUCUUGAAGCUCUGUAGAAACCUGUAUGCAAUCAGACAGAAUGAAAGUCACUUUCACAGGCUUGGCCAGUUUUGUGGCCACCUUUGGGGUCCUCAGCUUUGUAGGUCUUGUUCUGGCAAUCGGAACUGAUUUUUGGUACAUCAUUGACACUUCUAAGAGAGAGAACAGCUCAUCAACGUCUCUGAGCUCACAUUCUGGACUUUGGAGGACCUGUAACUUUCAUAACCAGUGCUGGCCAUUUAUGAAUCCUUUUGGAGCAGCAAGAAACUUAUCAGAUUCACAAAGGCAGAUACUAAACAUGCAAGGUACGUUCAUAGUCCUGUUGCCACUCAGCGUGAUCGUGCUGUUUGUUGGAGGGAUGCUGGGCUUCAUCAGCAUGUUGGCUCGAGCUUACCUGCUGCUGCUCUUGACUGGAGUUCUGCUUCUCUUUGGUGCUGUGCUCUCAUUGGCUGGAAUCGGUGUCUACAUGGCCUACUCCGCAGCCGCCUUUAAAGAGGCUGUGGUCAUCUCUGGCCACAAAACCCUGGAGGACAUCAACAUUUAUUUUGGGUGGUCUCUGGUUUUGGCAUCUGUUUCUUUCGUUGGAGAGCUCGGUACAGCCAUCGGCUUCCUGUUGGCCUCAGCCAGAAUCAGUCAACUGACCAAUCAGGAUGAAGAUGAAUGAAUGGACAAUCAUGCCUGUACUGAAGGCAUGACACAGUGUAUGAAGUUUGUUUUACAAACAUUUAUAAUUAAAUUGUUGUUCACGUUUAAGGAAUAGUUCACUUCCUUCCUUAUUUUUUUGUAAUGUUGAGUCCGAUUAUUGUUUUUUAUUGUGCUUUAAGCUACCAAUAAAAGUGUAGUACUGAGA